AUGUUUCCUCCGGUAGGAGACCCGAGUGGUGGGGGGUAUCAAGAAGACUUGAACAACAUUCUGUGUUGUCCCGACUGCAAAGAGAUCCCACCUAACCUCAUCGAAGAGUUCUCCAGCGGCGAUAUGGUAUGCCAAAGUUGUGGUGUAGUCGUUGGCACACGCAUUAUUGACACUCGGUCGGAAUGGCGUACUUUUGCCAAUGACGAUCAUGGUGGCGACGAUCCCAGCCGUGUUGGUGGACCACAGGAUGAGUUCGUGGAAGGCGAACAGCUUGCCACGACUGUUGCAUUCUCCGAGUCAAAGGCCCACAAGGCUCUCUCUCGCACACAGAAUAAUGCCAAUCAAGACAAGGCACAAAAGGGCUUGAUGCAGGCGUACAAGGAGAUCGUUUCGCUCUGCGAAGCUAUCAACAUGGGCCAAAACGUCUCCAAUGCCGCCAAGCACAUUUUCAAGCUUGUUGACAAGCACAAGUUCAUGAAGGGCAAGCCCCAGGAAGCCGUCAUUGCUGGGUGUAUCUUCAUUGCCUGUCGACAGAACAAUGUACCGCGAACAUUUCGUGAAAUCUUCAAUCUCACGAGUGUCAGCAAGAAAGAAGUUGGGAGGGUGUUUAAACAGUUGCAAAAGUUUUUGCAGAAGUUGCAGGAUACUGAGGGCGAAGGCGCAACCGGUUUGAACACCGUCACCAAUUACGAGAAUACCUCUGUUGGCGCAGAAGAUCUUUGCAGCAGAUACGUGUCUCAACUCGGCUUCAAAAACCAGCAGAAGAUUUCCAAGAUUUCCCGAGAUCUGGCCGAAAAGGCAAAUGACAUAUCUGCACUCGCCGGCCGAUCUCCCCUUUCAGUGGCUGCUGCCUGUAUCUACAUGGCCUGUCAUCUCGUCGGCGAACCUCGCUCGUCGCUUCCUAUUGCGAAGCAAGCGGGUGUGAGCGACGGCACCGUAAAGACGGCUUACAAACACUUAUUUGCGGCACGGGAACAGCUCAUUAAGAAGGAAUGGCUUGAGGAUGGUGGCAAUAUGGACAACAUCCCUCAGGUGCAGGCAUAA